UUAUGCUAUACAAAAGAAGUGACUGCCUUACUUCCUGUGUUUCCAUACUCUACUUCUGGUAGUACUACACUGCUUCUUGUUUUGUUUUCUUCGGGAGUGAGAGGAUGAUACUGUUGAAAAAACAAAGCCAGCAUUCUUCUUUCUGGCAGUGACGGAAGAAUCCGAGUUGCACCAGGAAUUUAAUGGCUGCCAGGUCAGGUGUUUCUUCGUCUGUGCCGUCUCUGCCUCCACCAUGUCCGAAAUCGCCGCCAGAGUAUCCGGAUUUGUAUGGGAAGCGAAGGGAAACGGCUAAGGUUCAGAUGCUCGAGAGAGAGAUUCGUUUUCUUGAGGAGGAGCUAAAAUCUGUUGAAAGUCUCCAGUCUGCUUCCAGAUACUGCAAAGAGGUUACAGAUUUUGUGAUGGCAAACUCAGAUCCUCUAAUACCUACAAGCCAGAAGAAUCGGAAGUCAUACCGGUUUUGGAAGUGGCUUUGUGGAUUAUCCUGCUUUAACUUGUCAUGGAUCUGCUGUUGCUGUUAUUCUUGGCACUCUUGUCAUCUGAAAUGCCCACGUUCAUGCAAAUGCAGCUUAUGUGACUGCAGUUCAUGUAAAUGCUAUUCAUGUAACUGCAAUUCAUGUUUAAGCUGCUGCACAAUUCCAAAAUGGCGGUGUUGCUCUUGUCCUAAAUCAAGUUGCUGUAGAAAGAUCUCAUGCAGCCGAAACUGUUGCAUUUUUCAGUUUCCAUCAUGCACCGAUUGCUGUUGUUGCGGAUGGAAAUGCUGUUGUCCUAAAUGUCCAAAGAUACGCCCUUGCCGCAAUUGUACAAAAACCUGUUGUAACCCAUGCUGCUUAUUAUUCUAAUAAUAUAUCGAUGCAAUUAUGCUCGGAAACCUUGAUCCUAAACACGUUAUUCAAUUUUAGCCAGUCAAUAGCUUUUAAGAGUGA